UUGUUCUUCCCGGAGCCCUGCUCAUUUCUGGCAGGUGCAGGGCAUUGAACCUGGGUCCUCAGGGCCUCAGGCAGGAGAGUCUGAAGAGGGCUUUUGCCAUGUCGCCCUCCUGGGGGAGCAGGGGGUGAGGUGGGUGGCCUGUGGUCUCUUUGGUGACACUGGCUUCUUUGGAGACAGCCCUCCUCCCCCAGAUCUCCGUCCACCGCCAGGGCCCAGUCAGCUGCCACCCUGCCCAGUCUGCAGUGGUCCUGGGAGGUCACUCGGCUUGUCUGUUAAAGUAUCACUGCUGGGUCAGCUCAGCUCAGCUCUGCCCUGUGGCCCGGGACUGUCACGAGGUCCCUCACCCACGGAGGCCGGGCCUGAAGUCAAGCUUCAGAUGCCUCUGUCUCCACAAAGUAGGGAGAACAGAGACACUCUCUGCACUGACCCAGGGCGGGCAAACCAGGCACAGUAUUUUUAACGUGAGUGAACAAAAGGCAGACCUAGAAUAGGGCUGGGGAGAUAGCACACUGGUUAGGCCAGAAGACUCUCCUGUCUGAGCCUCUGGGGUCCCAAGUUCAAUCCCCAGCACCAUCAGCCAGAGCUGAGCAGAAAAUAGAAAAUAAUAUAAAAUAGGACAGGGGAGAUGGAGCAUUUUUUUCCCUAUGUCUGUUGGCCUUUUGGGUCUCAUCUCUGAUGAAUAUUCUGUUCAUAUCCUCUCCCCGCUUUUGGAGGGGUCCUUUUGUUAUUUCUGUUGAGUUUGGUGGGCUCUAUAUAUAUUUUGGUUAUUAGCCUUUUUUUGUCUGAUGUGUGGCAUGUAAAGUUCUUCUCCCAUUCUGAAAGGGGUCUCUCUCGUUUAGGUGAAAGGACUCUCCUGCCAGAGGGCCCAAAGUCCCAGGUUCAACCCCCAGCACCACCAUCAGCCUGAGCUGAGCAGGGCUCUGGGGAAAUAAAAUAUAAGUUUGGACCUGAUAUCACCCCAGCCCUUAAAAAAAAAAAAAAAAAAGAUUAGUUUAACAUUGGUUGACAAAACCAUAGGGUUCAGGUCUCCCCCCACCCCAGCCCCGUGAUCAUGACUGGUCGGUGUGAAGCCCCGGGUGCCCCCGCCGCCACCAUCACCACCAGCCACCAUGAUGUCUUCAAAGUUCAGGCCUGGCUCAGUUACUUGUUUUUGUUUUCCCCACAGGUGUAUCUGCUUUAGUCAUCUGUGCUCCACAGCGGAGUGAAACCAUCUGCUCGUUAUCUUUCACCUGCUAUUUCACUGGCCUAAUUGCCUCCAGUCCCCGCCAUUUUGUUCCAGGUAGCCAGACCGCGGGAUGGGCCGCCUGGACGGGAAGGUCAUUGUGCUCACAGCUGCCGCCCAGGGCAUCGGCCGGGCAGCCGCCUUGGCCUUCGCGAAGGAGGGAGCCCGGGUCAUCGCCACGGACAUCAACGAGCCCCGACUGCAGGAGCUGGCCGGCCACCCCGGCAUCCAGACGCGAGUCCUGGACGUCACCAAGAAGAGGCAGAUCGACCAGUUCGCCAGUGAGGUGGACAGGCUGGACGUGCUCUUCAAUGUGGCCGGGUUCGUGCACCACGGCACCAUCCUGGACUGCGAGGAACAAGACUGGGACUUCUCCAUGAGUCUCAACGUGCGCAGCAUGUUCCUCACCACCAAGGCCUUCCUCCCGAAGAUGCUGGCUCAAAAGUCAGGCAACAUUAUCAACAUGUCCUCUGUGGCGUCCAGCCUGAAAGGAGUGCAGAACAGGUGUGUGUACAGCGCCACCAAGGCCGCCGUCAUCGGCCUCACCAAGUCAGUAGCCGCAGACUUCAUCCAGCAGGGCAUCCGCUGCAACUGCGUGUGUCCUGGAACUGUGGACACCCCGUCUCUACAGGAGCGGAUCCAGGCCAGUCCUGACCCCGCGGAGGCACUGAGUGACUUUCUGAAGCGGCAGAAGACUGGACGCUUUGCCAGCGCUGAGGAAGUAGCCCUGCUCUGUGUGUACCUGGCCUCUGACGAGUCAGCCUACAUGACAGGCAAUGCUGUUGUCAUUGAUGGGGGCUGGAGCCUGUGAGCCCAGGACGUAGGGCUCAGAAAACCUCGUGAGGGAAGAAGAUGCCUGCCCGUCCACCCGUCUGUCUGUCUGGGAAGCCCCUUGUCCAGAGCCUGGUGCCCCCAGUGUCUGCCUCUAUCUGGACUCAGCCAAGGGAGAGGACAUGAGCCCACCUACAGACAGCUGCCACCGGAGUUCAGGGGAGAAGCCCCGCUGUGCUAGGUGAGAGGCGCUCGGCCCACAGCCUCCCAGUCUGCAGCCUCCAGACACCUGUCCGGCCGUCUCAUGCAGGCUCUCAGCACGUCAGUCACAGCGUUACACCUGGAUGACGGGCAGGGGGACAUAAUUUCUUUGUCAGGAGCC